AUGGGUUUAGCAUACGUACAUCUUAUUGAACCACGCUUCGAUGAAGUCCGUUCAGAGCAAGAUAAACUACGGGCAUUGGCGUCCACAACAAAUGACAAAAAGCAUGGACCCGAAUUUACUCCGGAGCAGUUAACUUUAUAUCCCUUUCGACAGGCACUUGGUACGACACCGUGCAUGGUUGCUGGUGGAUACAAUCCAAGUAAUUGCUGGGAGGGUAUAGAACGAGUGAGGUUACUGUUUUACAUCCAAAUUGCCUUCCUCAUGGUCAUCUCUAUGACACAGGGCGAUCAUGAUGCCAUUGCAUUUGGACGAUAUUUUACGUCCAAUGCUGAUCUCGUCGAAAGGCUUCGAACAGGAAUGCCGUUAUACCGAUAUGAUCGCACUCGAUUCUAUGGACCUUUCCCUGACAAUGAGGUUGGAUAUACUGUUCACCACAGAAGAGAAUUCGCCUCUGCCAAUGAAACGCCUCAGACGAGCCAUGGGGACGUUUAA